AUGGCUUCGCGACCUACUGUCACCAUCAUCGGCGGCGAUGGCAAGGCCACCGGCAACACCCACACCUGGCCCGUCGUCUUCUCCAGCCCGAUCCGUACCGAUAUCGUCCAGGAUGUGCACAAGGGUCUGGCCAAGAACAAGCGCCAGCCUUACGCCGUGAGCGAGAAGGCCGGUGAACAGACUUCCGCCGAGUCUUGGGGAACUGGUCGUGCCGUCGCCCGUAUUCCCCGUGUCUCUGGUGGUGGUACCCACCGUGCCGGUCAGGCUGCCUUCGGUAACAUGUGCCGUUCCGGUCGCAUGUUCGCCCCUACCAAGGUCUGGCGCAAGUGGCACGUCAAGGUCAACCUGGGCCAGAAGCGCUACGCUGUUGCCUCUGCCCUGGCUGCCUCUGCCGUCGCUCCCCUCCUGCUCGCCCGUGGCCACCGUAUCUCCAACGUCGUCGAGGUUCCCCUCGUCAUCGACUCUGAUGCCUUCAAGAGCGCCGCUUUCGCCAAGACCUCUGCCGCCGCCGGUCUCCUGAAGUCCGUCGGUGCCGGCCCUGACCUUGACAAGGUCAAGAAGUCCAAGAAGCUCCGCGCCGGUAAGGGUAAGAUGCGUGGUCGUCGUUUCCGCCAGCGCCGCGGCCCCCUGGUCGUCUACGACCCCGAGGUUGACGGCAAGGAGCUCAUCUCCGGCUUCCGCAACAUUGCCGGUGUCGAGACCUCCGCCGUCACCGACCUCAACCUCCUCCAGCUCGCCCCCGGUGGUCACCUCGGCCGCUUCAUCGUCUGGACCUCGGCCGCCUUCAAGGCCCUCGACACCAUCUACGGCACCACCACCACCCCCUCCGAGCUCAAGAAGGACUUCCUCCUGCCCUCCAACAUCAUCUCCCAGUCUGACCUCAGCCGUCUCAUCAACUCCCAGGAGACCCAGUCGGCCAUCCGCGAGGCCAAGGGUGGCCCCACCACCCGCCGCUCCGCCGUGCAGAAGAAGAACCCUCUGCGCAACAAGCAGGUCAUGCUCCGCCUCAACCCCUACGCCGCAGUGUUCGCCAAGGAGGCUGCCCAGAAGAAGAACUAA